AUGCUGCUCAUUGACUACCUUGCAAAAGUAGAAACAAGCAAGUGGUGCGUCGUCGAAUUGUUGGAUGCAUAUGAAGGCAGCCUUAAUUCUGCAAGCUUAAGCGACAUAUGCGCACGCAUUGAACACGAUCUUGACGAACACAAGGCAAAGAGAAGAAGCAGAAAGGCUGAUGAAGCUGUUCAUGCAAUCAAGACAAAGAUCAAUGUGCUACGAUCGCUCAAGUGUUUAAAAUCCGUAAGGAAGAAAGCUUUACCUCAAGAAUCGUCUGCUGGUGCAUCGGUCAACAACUUCGCCAAAAGUGUAAAACAAAGUGUAAAACAGAACAACUUUUUCGGACCAACAAUCCCAGAAAAGAGAAGGAUUGAUGGAAUUGAUGGACGUGAGAUGCACCACAAAACGGCUGACACUCCGAUAACCGCACAACCGGUGAAGCGCUAUCGAGGAGUCCCAAGUACUGCAGAUGACGAAUAUAACGAAGCCAACUCAUCAGCGCAGAUUCAAGGAGAAAGUAGCACUUCGCCAUCCACCGGUAAAUCUGCAAGUGACAACAACAGACAAACCUCCACUUCCCCAUCAUCAGCCUCGCAUCAUUCGGAAAUCGACGAAAACACUGACAACUAUGCUGAGUGGCUCGUUCAAUAUGGAACCAUGACUUUGAAGCAGUAG